AAGUGCUCCGUUGCUCCAACUUAAUCAGGGCCGUCCGUAAGAAUCAAUCACGGUGACCUCACGUUGACUGCGUGCUUCAAGAACCAACAAAUAGACGGUUCUGAUCUCACGUUCUCCUUACGUCGAGAUCAAGCCGUUCCGAUACACACCUCCGUACGAUUACCGUUACUGCUUCCAAACCGCUUCCCGCCAUUUUAUCCAACGGCCAUCUCCACCUUUCCCCACUCUGCAAAUCCUUGGCACUCGGGACCCACACUUCACAACUCCCAUAUCCCCUUCUGAGAAAGUCCAGAAGCUCCCCAAAUUCUAGAGAGAGAAAGAGAAACAUGGUGGAUUGCUACGACCCAUGCCCGUGCUGCGGCAUCAAGCGGCGGAGGUUCGCCUUGAAGCGCUUGGAUUAUUCGUCCGCCGCCUCCCCAUCCCCACCGCCCGUCAAGAUCGCGCGCUCCGUCUCCGCCUCCUCCCCCUCCGCCCUGGCCACGGCCGCUGCCGACAUCCACCGCCCCACCCCCACUCCUUCACCACCAGCGCCGCCCGCUCCUGCCUCGACCCCUUCCGACCUCCCACCUCCUGCUCGGGCCGAGAACGUCGCCGGAGCGUCGGAAGUGCCUCUGCCCCCUGAUUCUCGUCCCGAUCCGACAUCUCCGAUCACCUCGAUCCCGGCUCCGGCAGAGGCCAUCGCAUCUCCUGCGACGGCCGAGGCAAAACAAGAAGUCAAUCAGAAGAAAGAUGAAGAAGGAGCAAAUAAAAAGAAAGAGGGGGAGGAGGGUAAAGAAAUGAUAAGGGUUUUGGAAGAAGUGGAAAUCAAGAUCAGCUUCAAGUGCUGCAAGUGUGGUAUCUCCAAGGCAGUGGUCAUUUCCUCCGACCAUUCUUGACUCUCACUGGAGUCAUUGGGUUGAUUGACGUGUGUGUGUGUGUGUGAGAGAGAGAGAGAGAGAGAGAGUGAGAGAUGUUUAGUUUAUUAGAGCCUUGCUUCUACAGACAUUGAUAGAGUUGAGCUGAUUGACUAUUUAAUAUGAUUAGUGUGGAUCGUCUGCUGUACACCAUACAGUAUAGUAUACAACAUGCAUCAUCUAUCGCAUAAUGGAUGGCCAUGCACGGCUACACGCAACAAGCGCGCAUCCAUAUGUGGCCAUCCAUCGCAUGAUGGAUGGUGCGGUGCAAAGAACCCGGGCUCUUAUAAGAUCCAUGUAUAAGAAAGUCCAAUUCUUUUGGAGAAAUCGUCAGUUGCCAUGGUGUAUCUUGUGAAGUCUUCUUGAUUCUUGAAUGUGGAAUUUUGGUAUA